UUCUUACCUCUGAGCUGUGUUCAUGGCGCUGGAUUAGCAGAAUGCUCCACUCCUGACUCAGGAGAUGCAGAAUACAGACAAGGUACUGACAGUGACAAGCAGCCAUUCCGUCCAUACCAGGUGAUUUACUGGCUUUUGACCAGAAUUCUAGUUCCAUGGCAAGAAACUCAGCUGAUUAACCAUCUCGAUGCUUGGAAAACUGCUUCUUUGGGUGGAAUGAGAUGUCAUGGAGAAGUAACAUACUGCUGUCUGCUCUCUUAACUUAAUGGGAAAAGGAGUUAAGUGGAAACUUUUAAAGGGAAAUAGAUUUUUUUCCAGACUGAAGCUGAGAGCUUGGCAAAAUAACCCACAAAAUGUCUCCUGACUCAAAAAAACUUUUCAACGUACUUAUUUUGGGAAUCUCAUUCAUGUUUAUAUUCACUGCUUUCCAAACAUGUGGAAAUAUUGCGCAAACAGUUAUUACAAAUUUAAACAGCACAGAUUUUCAUGGCAGCGGCUACACAAGUAUGUCCGUUAUUUAUGGAGUUUUCUCAGCAUCAAACCUUAUUUCACCUUCAGUGGUUGCACUAGUAGGACCUCAACUCUCCAUGUUUAUUAGUGGCAUAUUUUAUAGUUUAUACAUUGCAGUUUUUAUCCAGCCUUCUACGUGGAGUUUCUAUACUGCUUCUGUUUUUAUUGGCAUUGCAGCUGCAGUGCUAUGGACGGCACAGGGAAAUUGCUUGACUAUAAAUUCUGAUGAAAACACCAUUGGAAGGAACAGCGGAGUAUUUUGGGCACUCUUGCAGUCCAGCUUGUUUUUUGGAAACCUGUAUAUAUACUUUGCUUGGCAAGGAAAAACUUACAUAUCAGAGAGCGAUCGCAGAACUGUCUUCAUUGCCCUGACUGUUAUCAGUCUUGUGGGCACAGUUCUGUUCUUUCUGAUUAGGAAACAAGAGGACACAAAAGCUCCAGGGGAGGAAGAUUCUGCUAAUGAAAUCCACGGGGGCAGCUCGUCUGCACGAAACAAGCUGAUGAGAGCAGUGGAUGCCUUCAAGAGAUCCAUAAAGCUAAGCUUCACGAAAGAGAUUCUGCUCCUCAGUGUUACAACAGCCUACACAGGUUUGGAGUUAACGUUCUUUUCUGGAGUGUAUGGAACAUGCAUUGGUGCUGUGAAUAGGUUUGGCGGAGAAGAGAAAAGCCUCAUUGGUCUCUCUGGGAUUUUUAUUGGUGUUGGGGAAAUUUUAGGUGGAGGAAUCUUUGGUUUACUGAGCAAGAAGAAUCGCUUUGGCAGGAACCCCAUUGUGAUGCUGGGCAUCAUUGUCCACUUCAUUGCCUUUUAUUUAAUUUUUGUCAACAUGCCAAGCAAUGCCCCUGUUGCUCCUAUGGAAGGAACAGAUGAUAUUGCUUAUAUGAUUCCAAGCAAAGAGGUGGCCAUAUUUUGCAGCUUUCUGCUGGGCCUGGGAGACAGCUGCUUCAAUACCCAGCUCCUCAGCAUUUUAGGAUUCCUGUAUUCUGAAGACAGUGCUCCUGCCUUUGCCAUCUUUAAGUUUGUUCAGUCCAUCUGUGCUGCCGUUGCAUUUUUCUACAGCAACUACUUCCUUCUGCAGUGGCAGCUUCUGAUCAUGGUGGUUGUUGGUUUCUUUGGGACAAUCACCUUCUUUGCAGUGGAGUGGAAGGCAGCAGCAUUGCUUGCCCGUGGCUCUGACUACAGCAGCAUUUGAUCUCAGUUUCCCACACCUGUAAGGAAGAGCACAGGCACAUUUAUUGACAAGUGAUGCAAGAAGGUGGAAGGAUCAAGCUGAAGAGAUCACGACGGAGGAAGCUACUAAUAAAUCACCAAUCCUCAAACUGAACAUGAAGUACAGGAAGAGAAAAUGCUGAGUCUGAAAGGCUUUUUCCUUGCUUUAAUCAGCUGAGUGUGGUGUGCGUCUU